GGCUCUCUCGGCCUGGCCGAUGCAGGCGUCCGGCGACGCACCCACGAGGGCUGCCAGCAGGACUUCUGGGAGAGGGGCAUGGCCGGCUCCAGCACUCCCGGCCCGGGCGACCAAGUCCUGCUCCGGGGGGACGUGCUGCUGCAGAGGAAGGGCGCGGCGGAGCCGAGGCACCUGGUCCUGUGGGAGGACCGCUUCUCGUUCUUCACGCGCGAGGAGGACUUCAGCGCGCAGCAGAGGCCCCGCGCGCAGGUGCCGCUCGACGCCCUGCUGGGCGUGCAGGUCGACGAGGACACCGUCACGCUCUCGCUGUCGGACCGGGAGCUUUCGUUCCGCACCGCCGGAGGCAGAAAGGACGCGCAGGGCUGGGGCGAGGCGUUCAAUGCGGCGCGGUCGCAGCAGGCGGCCAGCGCCGAGCUGGCGGAGCUCGAGGGAUCCCAGGCGGACUCGCCGCUCUGCCUGCACGAGGGGGAGCUCACGAUGACGCAGUCGGCGGCGGCCGGACAGCGGGACGCCUGGUUGCCGCCAGUCAGCGGCGGCCACUUCGUGCUCUACCGGGACCGGCUGGAGUGGUUCCACACCCCGGAGGCGCUGGAGGCCGGCAGGCCGGACGGCCACGUCGCGGUGGAGGACAUCGAGGACCUGGAGGUGGAGGACACCCAAGUGGCGCUUUCCUCGAGGGACGGCUUCAUACGCGUGCUGCAGGAGGAGCACGACGGCGACAUGCAGGGCUGGAUCGACGCCUUCGCCCAGAUCUUAGAGACGGACGAGGCGUACGAGCCGGCGGAUAGGACGUUCGAGACGAACGCCGACCUGGCGGGAGGGCCGUCGAGGUGCGUCCACGAGGGCCAGCUCCUGCUCGCCGUCGGGCCGGGGCAGGUGGAGCCCAGGCAUGUGGUGCUGUACGGCGAUAGGAUCGACUUCUUCGACAGUCAGGCCGACUGUGACGCUGGCGGGGGCCCCGCCCUCUCGGUCGAGACUGCGGACGUCUGCAGAGUGAGCAUCAAGGACGACGGCUUCGCGAUCGGUUUGGACGACCAUGAGCUGGAGCUGCUGACUCCACCGGACGUCGACCUCGAGGCGUGGAUCUCGGCCCUCCGCUCCGUGAUGGAGUCGGCCGAGGACGCGUCCGCGGAGACUCGGCAGGCGCCGGUGCUGUCCUCGCCGCUUGCCAUGUCGUCGGCGUCCACGGCGGCGACGGCCACGGCGUUCGGGUCGAAGACCCACGCGGCGGCGGAGCAGCCGCUGUGGCAGGAGAUGCUGGACCCCAGGGUGGCGUCGUGGCUGGAUUCGUCGCGCAGCUGCCCUGCGGACUCGGCCUACUUCCACGGGGUGCUCUGGCUGCAGAGGGCGCAGAAGCAGCUGCCGAGGUUCUGCGUGCUCUACACGGACCGCAUCGACUCUUGGGCCUCGCCGCUCCAGGCGGCACGCCGGCAGCCUCCGGAGGGGCGCAUCAUGCUCAGCGACGUGCGCGGGCUCUCCCUGAUCGGCGGCGGAUUCGUGCCGCCGGGGGGGGGGAGACACCGAGGGGCAGCGCGCGCGGCAGCCAGGCCUGAGCAGGGGCGAGGCGGGCGGAGGCGCCCUGGGCGGCCAGCCGUGGAGGGAAGCCCCGCGGCAGAGUCCGCCGAGCGUCGGCCCGCCACAGGCCGCACCAGCGCAGCCCUUCGUGCCCCGGGUGGCGACGCUGCCGCCGUCGCCGAGGUCGGCGGGCCCGGCCCCGUCGGCCAAGAGCCCCCGGAGCGCGGUGGACGAGCGGUGGCACGCCACCAGCCCCCACAACCCGCAGGACCGCAUCUGCAUGCCGCAGUCCCCCCUGGUCAGCGACGCAUUCGUCCACAGACCGGAGGGCAGCAGGGCGAUCACUGA